AUGAAGCUCCUCCUCCUUACCCCUCUCAUCGCGGUCGCACUCGCGACUCCAGCCCCAGCCGCCGCCGCCGCCGCCGCCUCCUGCGACAAAGGCCAAGUCUACUGCGGAUGGUAUCUCAUCGACCAGCUCGGCUGGGACUCUGCUAAGCUCCGCGCCAAUCUGUGCAGCACGCUCGGGAAGUGCGAUUUCAAUAAUGGGGAUGCGUGGAACUCCCUUUGGUUGUGCACGGGCUCCGGGAGCGCGGUGCCGAGUGCGGUUUGCGGAGGGGAGGGGAGCUGCAAGGGGCCGGCUGCCCAUUGUGCCUAG